AUGUCGUAUCCGACGCUGCCAACGUUUCCGCCCGCAACGCCGCAAAAACCCCUUCCUGGAGCUUACCUGCAGACUCCAGCUCCAGCCCAAAAUGGCCUCACCAAGUCUCCGGCUCAGCCGACAUCUCCCCCAAUGCCCCUCCCUAAGAUGCCGCCGGCAGCAUCCAGGACCAAGAACCAGACAUUGAGCACAGAAGAGCGCGGGGCGCGGACCAUCAAUGACACCCUGUUUCAAGAGUCGCGAUACCCGGACUUGGACAGCUACUUGUCCCGUAGGUUUCCGCAUCCAGAGGGUUUCUCUUCGGAAUACGACAUCCCCCUGUCCACAUCAUGGGCCCCGUUCCAAAAAGUGAAAAUGUAUAAUAUCCCCGACCAGAUUUUCGACCAGUACAACCGCGCACAAGUAUCGACGAGUAUGGGUCUCUUCGCCGAGCUCAAUCACGCAUGGGUGGCCAUCGACAACGCGCUUUAUCUCUGGGACUUUACACAUCCCAACCCGCAAUUGGUCGGAUUCGAGGACCAGCCCAACAGCAUUAACUCGGUCAAGCUGGUGAAACCGCGACCCGGAGUGUUCUUAGCGGCCAUUACGCAUCUGUUAGUGGUUUCGACGACAGCCGAGGUGAUUUUGCUAGGAAUGGGAUGUGAGACCACACCCAGCGGGGGCCGACAGGUUUCAUUGUACCAAACCGGGAUGGCGGUUUCGAUUCGAGGCUUGGAUAUCCACGUCUUUGCUUCGUCUGACUCGACUGGUCGGAUCUUCUUUGGUGGUUCGUCCGACAACAAUGUUUACGAGCUUACCUAUCAACAAGAGGAGCGAUGGUUUCAGGGCCGGUGCGCCAAGGUCAACCACACGAGCUCACGGCUUUCGGCUUUCACCCCGUCGCUUAGUUUGACCAACCUCACCCAAGCAGCGUCAGAGCACGUGGAGCAGAUGGAGAUUGAUGACAGUCGGAAAUUGCUCUACACGCUUUCGUCCUCAUCGACGAUUCGCGUGUUCCAUAUGAAGCCCGACAACACGCUACCUCUCGCCAUCACCAAAUCGGCCGUUGAUAUAUAUUCGAACAUUGGACACAUUAUUGUCUCAAACGAAACAUUAAACUCCAAGGUCAAGAUUGUUUCUAUCAGUCCCGUGCCGGCCGCCGAAGCCUCACGGUAUCAUCUGGUCGCCACGACCGCAACAGGCUAUCGCAUCUACCUCAGCGCCACGAGUUCUUACAGCUGGAGCCCCGCGCCUAACGGCACCAAUGCCCCCACAAGCAUGCAGGCGCAGCAUGUUAAGACACCGCCCAUCGAGAAUGUGGCCGACUUUGCUUUCAAGUCUUCAGGAAAGACCCACUCGCUCACGCCCACUCGGUUGGCCGCUCGGUAUCCUCCAGGGUAUUUCUUUUGCUUCACUUGCAAGGACGCCACGCAAAAAGCGGACACUCUUUUCAUCUCGUCGCCCGAUUCCGGCCGGAUCGCCCGCUCGCAGGAAAAUGUCUUGACCGGCAAGGCCGCCGAAUCGGCCAUCUGGCUGAGCUUGGGAGGCCGCGCAGAAGAUAUCGGGCUGUGUUCGGCGCCUGCUGGAUCCAACAAUGAGCUGGCCGUUCAAUUCGAUCACCCCGCUGCUGAAGUCGCGAUCCUGACCAACACCGGAAUUCAUGUCAUUCGCCGACGCCGUCUGGUCGACAUUUUUGCCGCCUUGGUACGCGGCGGUGGUACCACCGACGAAGGCUUGGAAGGCGAGGUCAAGAAUUUCAUUCGCACGUACGGUCGCAGCGAAGCCCUGGCGACUGCUCUGGCGGUGGCAUGCGGUCAAGGCGUGGAAAUUUCCCCCGAUCAACGACUCACGCCGAUCAACGAUCCCGAUGUGUUGGAGUUUGCGCGCAAGGUCUUUAUUGAGUAUGGUGGCCGGCCCACAAUGAAUGAAAACGCCGUGGCGGACAGCUCGACACCUGCCAUAGACGCGGUGGUGCCGUCUCCACGACAUGCCGGUAUUUCCCUGUACAUUUCGCGGCUCCUGCGGUCUAUCUGGAAGAAGGAGAUUGCCAAGGUGGGCAGUGGCCCCAACGGCGCCCUGACAAUAUCGGCUUCUGUGGCCGCCGCCAAAUUGCAAACUAUCCAGCACGACCUGUCGGCCUUGCAACGGUUUUUCAAGGUAAAUAAGAGCUUCAUUGAAGGGCUCAGCGGACCCGAGGCCCUUGCCCGUGUAUCCACCAAGCAGGAAGAGACGGCGCUGCAGGCCGAGCAUCGCGCCCUGCACUCGCUGGUGCAGUUGGUAUCCCACACCAUUGAGGGUAUUUCGUUUGUAUUGGUUUUGUUCGAUGAGCGAGUCGAUGAGAUUGUGGCCACGCUGCCCGAGGAGUCUAAGCAGCGAUUCCUCAAGUUGACUUUUGAAGAGCUUUUCAGUAGCAGCAAGGGCCAUGACAUUGCCAAGGAGUUGGUCAAAGGUAUCGUGAACCGCAACAUCGCCAAGGGCUCCAAUGUGGAGACCGUGGCUGAUGCUCUGCGACGCCGAUGCGGCAGUUUCUGCAGCGCAGAGGAUGUGGUGAUCUUCAAGGCACAGGAGUUGUUGAAGCGUGCCACAGAGGCUGGCGCCAACUCGGAACUGGGGCGAAACUUGCUGAACGAAAGCCUUCACCUCUUCCAGCAAGUAGCAGACAGCCUCCCCAUGGACUACCUGGUGUCGGCGGUGGACAACUACAUUGCCAACCAGUUCUUUGCCGGGGCCAUCCAACUGGCUCUCAACGUUGCCGGCCGCUCUGACAAAGCCAACCUCGCGCUCUCUUGGAUCAUGGAUGGGCGCCCCGAACAGGACCCCCGCAAGGAUUACUUCUACUUCCGCAAACAAUGCUACGACUUGAUUUCCAAGGUGGUGCUCGCAGUGGACAACCUGGCAGCACACGAUCCCAGGUUUAUCGAUGGCCAAUUAACUGUGAUCGCCAAGCGGCAAAACGAGGCGUACGGCGUCAUUUCCGAUUCGACCGACGAGGUUUUCCUUACGAGUUUGUAUGACUGGUACCUGGAGCAGGGCUGGAGCGACCGUCUUCUGCAGACGCAGUCGCCAUUCGUUGUUACUUACCUCGAGCGCAAAUCCACGGACGACCUAUCCCAUGCAGAUCUGCUGUGGCGGUACUACGCCCAGUCCCAGCGAUUCUUUGAGGCAGCCCAGGUUCAGUUCCAGCUGGCCAACAGUGCGUUUAGUUUGUCACUGAGCCGGCGGAUUGAGUAUCUGGGUCGGGCACGCGCCAACGCCUCGACAUAUACGGCGGACGUGGGACGUCAAUCCCGACAGCGGCUGCUGCAGGAAAUUUCUAAUCUCAUUGAUGUAGCCAACAUUCAGGACGACCUCCUCCAACGGUUGAAGGAUGAUGAGCGCAUCACUUCAGAGCGCAAGGCCGAGGUCAUUCGCGAUGUGGACGGGCCCGUCAUGGACAUUAGCACCCUUUUCAACCAAUACGCCGACUCGGCCAGUUACUAUGACAUCUGCCUGCAGAUCUUUUACCUGGCCGACUACCGCAACGCAGCGGACAUCCGAGCCACCUGGCAGCAUCUGAUCCAGGAUCUGCACGCCGCCACGUCGGAACGUGGAUCGCCGCUGCCGUAUGAAGCGGUGAUCGACAAGGUUCGAAGCCUGGGCAACCGGCUGCGCAUGUCGGAGACGGUAUUCCCCAUUCGGGAGCUCAUCCCGUUGUUGGAGCGCUACUCUUUGGAGCACCAGCGACACAUGGGUCCGGCUACGUGGGUGGUGGAUCUGUUUUUGGACCUGGGAGUGCCGCACGAGUCGCUCUACGCGGUCCUGGAGACCAUGUACUACACGAACGAGGCACCCUUCCACGAUGGCAACCGCCGCUACAUCGCCAAUGAUCUGUUGUAUUUGCUGGAUGGCUGGUUCCGCGAGACGGUGCGGCUGGGCGGGAUGGUGUUCGGGUCAGACGUUGUGGCCGAGCGCGUGGCCGAGACGCUAUUGCUGCUGCUGCAGGGCGGUGGCAUCACCCCGGAACAACUGGAGACGGCGCACGAGCUGCGGGCGAGGAUUGCGAACAUGCGGUGA